AUGAAAUAGCAAAUUAAACAAGAUGAGUCUGCAUAACCCAUGAUCAUACUGCAACCAUCCUAAUACAAGUUUAUGAUUUUCAUGGAUUCUUCUCUCCAAAAAGACGUCGACAAAUUAUAUAACAAACACAUCAAACAAGUCAUAGAUAAAGAGAGAAUCGAAAAAAUACAAUCAGCCAAGGAUGAAGUUAAGUCUUUGAGAGAAAUCAUCAACGAUUAUCAGACUCAAUAAAAUGAAAUCGAUAGUCUCAAAUCACAAUUACAGAAUUAGAUCAAAGCUAUUCUAUCAAAAGAAUAAAUUAUAAAAAAUAUCGAAGACACUUACAUGCAAUAAAUGGAAGAAAUCAAAAACAAUUAUGAGCAACGCCAAUUUGAUUUAGUGAAAGAAUGCGAACAAUUAAAACUUAGAAAUAAAGAAUUAGAAGAAAUCAAUACGAAAUAUCUCGCUUUAAACGAUCUACUACUAAAAGCCAACAAUAACUACUAAUAAAGAGUUAAUGAAUUAGAAAUGAAACUCAUUUUGGCAGAAAAGAACAACCUUAUUGCAUCAUCCGAAUUAGAACAAAUGAAGGAAAUUAGAGCAGGAGCCCUAUUUAUCCAAGGAGCCUAUAAAAUAUUAAAGUACUAAUACCAAGAAAGCAAUAUCUACACCCUAUUGACCAAUAAAUACAAAUCCACCAUCUUAUCAUUUCUUGAACCUAAAGACAUAUUCGAUUUAAUGUUGACAAGCAAGUAAAUGUACUUCAUCAUCUAAAAUAAUCGAUCCCUAUUAAAUUAUAUUGUCAAUUACAGAACCUAAGUGUUGAACAAAGAAAUUAAGUUCUUAAAAACAGAAUUUAAUUAUUUUAAUGAUAUGGUUUAUUAAAUCCCAGAAGAGAUCAUAUAAAUUGGAAUUGCGAAGUUCUUAGUUUUCAAAUUCAACAUUGGGCAAUACAUGAAUGAAAUAUUUAAUGAUGCAUAUGAAUUAAUUGAGGGCAAGUUCCAAAAUCAAUAAUAAUAGUUAUAGCAAUAACAACAACAAAUCUAAAGUGACUCCCUUUAUUAGAAUGAAGACUUGCUAGGAUUAGGAGAAACUGAUGAAUAAUAAUAGUAAAAAUAACAGAACUCAACAUAAUACAAUGUCGCAUCAACAGCCUCCAGUAUUUUCACCAAAAUUAAAUCAUAUGCAGGUAAUCAUGGCUAAAGUUCUAAUAAAAAUAUUAACGCCUCCAGUCCCUCCUAACCUUCAUAAAAUAAAUAAGCUAAAUCGUUAAGUGAUCUGUCCAUCUAACUUCAAUAAGAAUAUUAGGAUAUUGAUUCAUUGAUCCUAGAAUCCUUGUAAGUUCCAUUCCUUAAAGCUUAAAUAAUACAAACAAGAAGAGAAAUGGUCGAUCUAGUUAAAAAGAGCUUAUAAAUCAACCAACAAUUAUUCUAAACUGGUAGAAAAUGCAUACCAACACCUACCUAUCAACCCAAAUUUACUAUGUAAGACUUCAUGCAAGUCUUAUAAAUGACUUUUUCUAAAUUCGUAGCUCAUGGGCAUUAUCUACAUUUAGAAUCCUAAUAAUUGUUAUAAACUUGUAAUUAUUUCUCAAAACUUUUACUAUUGUAACACAAAUAAAUUUAUUAAUUAAAAUCUUAAAUAGAUGAUUAGAAAGUUGAAUUGGAUUCUCAAAAAGAAAUGAAAUAUUACAUCUAAGAUAGAGCAAAGAGAUUCGAAGAAAGAAUCAUUAAGGCAGAAGAAUAGAUAUUUACUUUAAAUAAACUAAACUUUGAUCAAAAAUCAUAAAUUACAUCAUUGUAGAAAAAAGAAAAAGAGUUAGAAGACUUGGUUAAAGAAAAAGAAACAAAGACCUAAACCUUAUUUUAAGCUGUAAAGUAAAUUAAAAUAGAGAAAGAUCAAGUUGAAACAAAAUUAAAUUAAGUUUUAAUGAACUUCAAAAAUAUGAAAAAUGCUCUUGGUAAAAUAGUAUGA